AUGCGCUUGAAAAUAUCCUCGCUAGAAGUGCUCAAGCUCUCUCCAGAAAAUAGCCUGCAGUGCAAAUACACUCUCCACGCAAACGCCGACAUUCUGUGGAAAGACAUUCAAUGUCUCUGCCAGGGGAGAAAGUACAAAACAGCGUACGAGUGUGCGGAGCACUUAAGAAACAUAGCCUGCAAAGACACCAAAACUGAGCUGUACCGAAGAUGCAUGCUGAUAAUGGCCAGGCUGGCCGUGAUACAGUCGCAUCCAGACGCAGGCGCGCUCUACAUAGAUCUAAUUAGGCACGCCCACUCUAGGGAAUUUGUUUACACCACCCCAUACAGCUAUAACAUUGAGGUGUUUAAGCAGGCAGAAGCCAUGGCGUCUCCAUACAGGUUUUUAUUUGAAGAGUAUCUGGCAAACAUAAAAAAGCCGAAAAAGAACACUGGGCAGGAGACUCUAUUCUACCGGCUUAUUGACGUGCACACAAGGCACAAAAGCCCCUGGGACCACGAAGAGAGUCUGGAUCUGUCUCUGCUUCCUGCACAUGUGCGGAAUGUGUACGUGGAGUACACAGCCAACAUAGCAUACCCACGGGCUCGUGGAAGAAUACACGUAAACAUGCACAACUCCAGAGAGUUUAAGCACCGACAAGAAAUAUACAAAGACAGUGGAGUUUAG